CAUUUGCAGUUUUCUCCAGUUGUCAUUUUUGUUCUUGUGUCGAUGGGGGCAAACCAGAACCACUGGAUUUUCUUAUCAGCUUCUCGUUUAUCAUCUAUAAGAGACCCACUCAUCCAUAGGAAGACCAUAUAUACUUAGUGUAAUAAAAGAAUUUCUUAUUCUUGCUUGGCUACUUCUCUUCCCGUGGUCGCGAGCCAAAAUGUCAAACGGAUACGCUGGACGUGCCUGGCUGUGUUUGUGGCAUGCUAAAGAAGAGGAUGAUGCAAUUCCUACAGCUAUCACAACAUUUCUUGUCAUAGCAAUUGCAACACUUACUUUUUUGGUUUUUUCCAUUUUCAGGAGGCGAAAAAACUCGAAGAAUCCAUUGCCCCCAGGGCCCCGAGGCAUGCCAUUCCUCGGGUACCUCCCAUUCCUAGGGAACGAUCUCCACCGGAAGUUCUCCGAAUUGGCCAAGACAUACGGCCCCAUCUACAAACUCCAGCUUGGAAGCAAGUUAUAUGUCGUGAUUAACUCCCCGUCGGUGGCCAGAGAAAUUGUUCGGGACCAGGACAUAAUGUUUGCCAAUCGGGACCCGAACAUCGCUGCCACCAUGUCGUCAUACGGUGGAAGGAGUAUUGCCUUCGCAAGCCAGGGGCCUUAUUGGAGGAAUCUCCGCAAACUGUUCGUACGGCAGAUAAUGAGCAAUGCGAGCCUCGAUGCCUGUUACGAUUUGAGAAGGCAGGAGGUCAGGAAAGCUCUGAGUGAUCUGUAUAGAAAAUCUGGCAUGCCGGUUGAUAUCGGGGAAUUGACCCUUCUGAUCUUGAUUAACGGGAUGAUGGCAAUGCUGUGGGGAGGGACGCUUGAGGGAGAGAAGUGCGAAGCCAUGGGCGCCGAGUUUCGAAAGGUGGUGGCUGAAUAUAUGGUGCUCUUAGGUAGUCCAAAUGUUUCGGACUUUUUCCCGGCACUCGCUUGGCUUGACCUGCAAGGAGUGGAAAGGGACAUGAAAAGGGUGCAUCAGUGGCUAGAUGAUUUUCUUCAGUCUGUUAUCGAUUGUGCAACCGAAGGAAAAACAAAUGAACUGUUCAAGCAGAAGGAAGGAGAAUCUGAAAGAAAUGAACAAAAAAGGGAUUUUUUGCAGAUUUUCCUGGACGUGGAGAUGGAUCUUGAAGAUAACCAUUCACCAACGGACAAGAAUAGAGUUCUCAAAGCGAUUCUUAAAGACAUCGUGGUUGGCGGAACUGAUACGACUUCAACAACGAUCGAGUGGGUGAUGGCAGAGUUGCUGCAGAAUCGAAAUAUGAUGAACAAAGUAGUCCACGAGCUGACGGAAGUUGUGGGGGACGAUAAGAUGGUCGAAGAGCACCACUUGCCCAAAUUGAAGUACCUCAAUGCUGUCAUCAAGGAGGCAUUUCGUUUGCACCCAGCGCUGCCCUUAUUGGUGCCUCGGACACCUCAUGCUUCUUGUGUCGUCGGGGGUUACACGAUCCCAAAGGGCAGUAACGUAUUCCUGAAUGUGGGUUACAUCCACAGGGACCCCACGAUUUGGGACAAACCGUCAGAGUUUAGACCCGAGAGGUUCUUGGAAGAUCCCAGCAAGUAUGACCUCUCGGGCAACGACUUCACAUACAUGCCUUUCGGUUCUGGUCGAAGAAUAUGCGCAGGGCUUGCACUGGCAGAGAGGAUGCUAACGUUUUCUUUGGCCUCUCUUUUGCAUUCAUUCGAGUGGGAAUUACCGCAAGGGGUGGAGCUGGAACUAUCGGACAAGUUCGGGAUUGUGGUCAAGAAAUUGAAUCCCCUGGUGGCCAUUCCCAGGCCGAGAUUGUCCACUCCAGAGCUCUACAUGUCGAGAUAGUUCUUUCAUUAGAGUCUCAGAACUCUUCAUUUCAAUUCUACGGAAUAAAAGCAUCCUGCCAGUAUGUUAGAUGUAGGAGAAAGGAUUCCUGUUGUCUAUUGGUUCUUCAGAUUAGUUCAACUAGAAGAUGAAGUCAUGUGAUUAAGCGCAUAACGUUUGGGGUCUUGCAUAUAUAUUUGAUUACGGGUUAUCAAAAGGCAGUUCGCUUGUA